GGGCGCAGGAGGGGCUUCACGGUGCCCAGCCAGGCAGCCACCCGCAGGGCUGUGGCUGAUCAACUCCUGCUAGCGUGGAGAGAGGAUCAGCCGGAGGACCCUUCUCCCCUUCUUCCGAGUGGCGCUCACUGAGACGUCAGCAGGACAGAUUCAGAUGGGUCCUGGUAUGGUGGUCCCUUCCUUAGCUAGGAACUGAUGCCCCAGAACCUUCAGGAGAAGAGCCAGGCCUACCCCCGACAUCGACCUGGUAGCCAGACAGGCCCUAAAAGUCUCAAAGUUCUCCCGGGAGCCACCAUGUACACUUUCCUGCCUGACAAUUUUUCACCUGCCAAACCCAAGCCCACUAAAGAUCUGAGGCCUCUGCUGUGCUCCGCGCUACUUGGACUGCUGCUGGUGCUGGCCGCAGUUGUGGCCUGGUGCUAUUACAGCGCCUCGCUACGCAAAGCUGAACGCCUGCGCGCAGAGCUGCUGGACCUGAACCGUGGCGGCUUCUCCAUCCGCAACCAGAAGGGUGAGCAAGUCUUCCGCUUGGCCUUCCGUUCUGGUGCUCUGGACCUUGACUCCUGCAGCCGGGAUGGUGCCCUGCUUGGCUGCUCCCGAGCGGCCGAUGGACGCCCGUUGCACUUCUUUAUCCAGACUGUGCGACCUAAGGACACUGUAAUGUGUUACCGUGUGCGCUGGGAGGAAGUUGCACCAGGGCGUGCUGUGGAGCACGCAAUGUUUCUAGGAGAUGCUGCGGCGCACUGGUACGGCGGCGCAGAGAUGAGGACGCAACACUGGCCCAUCCGCCUAGAUGGCCAGCAAGAGCCGCAGCCAUUUGUCACGAGCGACGUCUACUCUUCUGACGCCGCAUUCGGGGGCAUCCUUGAGCGUUACUGGCUAUCUUCACGCGCGGCCGCCAUCAAAGUCAAUGAUUCAGUGCCCUUCCACCUGGGCUGGAACAGCACGGAGCGUUCGAUGCGAUUGCAGGCACGCUACCACGACACAUCUUACAAGCCACCGGCCGGCCGUACUGCGGCGCCAGAGCUCAGCUACCGCGUGUGCGUGGGCUCGGAUGUCACCUCCAUCCACAAGUACAUGGUUCGACGUUACUUCAACAAGCCAUCCAGAGUACCAGCGUCAGAGGCCUUCCGAGACCCCAUUUGGUCCACGUGGGCACUGUAUGGGCGCACUGUGGACCAGAACAAGGUGCUGCAAUUCGCCCAGCAGAUCCGCCAGCACCGCUUUAACAGCAGCCACCUGGAAAUCGAUGACAUGUACACGCCCGCCUAUGGCGACUUUCAUUUCGACGAGGGCAAGUUCCCCAACGCCAGUGACAUGUUCCACCGCCUGCGGGAUGCUGGCUUCCGCGUCACACUUUGGGUGCAUCCGUUUGUCAACUAUAACUCGUCGAGCUUCGGAGAAGGUGUGGAGCGCGAGCUGUUCGUGCGCGAGCCCACGGGCCGGCUGCCCGCGCUGGUGCGCUGGUGGAAUGGCAUUGGCGCCGUGCUGGACUUCACGCGCCCAGAGGCCCGAGAGUGGUUCCAGGGACACCUACGGCGCCUGCGCUCCAGCUACAACGUGACCUCCUUUAAGUUCGACGCGGGUGAGGUCAGCUACCUGCCCCGGGACUUCAGCACCUACAAGCCUCUGUCUGACCCCAGUGUGUGGAGCAGGCGGUACACCGAGAUGGCGGAACCCUUCUUCUCGCUAGCCGAGGUCCGUGUGGGGUACCAGUCACAGAACAUCUCCUGCUUCUUCCGUCUAGUGGACCGCGACUCGGUAUGGGGCUACGACCUGGGGCUGCGCUCUCUUAUCCCUGCGGUGCUCACCGUCAGUAUGCUGGGCUAUCCGUUCAUCUUGCCCGAUAUGAUAGGUGGCAACGCGGUGCCGGAGCGCACUGCCCGCCGCCAAGAUGGGCCGGGGCCAGAGCGCGAGCUCUACGUGCGCUGGCUGGAGGUGGCCGCCUUCAUGCCUGCCAUGCAGUUUUCAAUCCCUCCUUGGCAGUACGACGCAGAAGUGGUAGCCAUCGCACACAAAUUCGCCGCUCUGCGCGCCUCCCUCGUGGCGCCACUGCUCCUGGAGCUUGCUGGUGAGAUCACCGACACCGGCGACCCCAUCGUGCGCCCCCUGUGGUGGAUCGCACCCGGGGAUGAAACGGCUCAUCGCAUUGACUCACAGUUCCUCAUCGGGGACACGCUGCUGGUGGCGCCGGUGCUAGAGCCUGGGAAGCAAGAGCGUGAUGUCUACCUGCCUGCCGGCAAAUGGCGAAGCUACAAGGGCGAGCUUUUUGACAAGACGCCCGUGCUGCUCACGGAUUACCCGGUCGACCUGGAUGAGGUCGCCUAUUUCACCUGGGCUUCCUGACCCAGCUCAGAACCUGGGAAUCCCACAGCCGCAACCCAGCUUCAUACAGACUUUUAAUCCUCUACCACACGGGAAUGGUGAACCCUCGGGAAGACACCCCCCCCCACC